GCGAUGUUCACUCGUGAUCGCACUUGGAGCUCUACAGAGCAGCAGAGAAGAAGAAGAAGCUCAAGAUGGCGGAACGUGGUUACAGUUUCUCUCUCACCACAUUUAGCCCCUCCGGUAAGCUGGUACAGAUCGAGUAUGCUCUGGCAGCUGUAGCAGCCGGAGCCCCCUCGGUGGGCAUCAAAGCUUCCAAUGGCGUUGUCUUGGCAACAGAGAAAAAACAGAAGUCCAUACUGUAUGAUGAACAGAGCGUCCAUAAAGUGGAGCCCAUCACUAAACACAUAGGAAUGGUCUACAGCGGCAUGGGGCCUGACUACCGGGUUUUAGUGCGGCGAGCCCGCAAGUUGGCACAACAGUACUUCCUGGUUUACCAGGAGCCCAUUCCCACAGGCCAGCUUGUCCAGAGGGUGGCCUCUGUGAUGCAGGAGUACACACAGUCUGGUGGAGUGCGUCCAUUCGGUGUGUCUCUGCUGAUAGCUGGAUGGGAUGAAGACCAGCCCUACUUGUUCCAGUCGGACCCUUCUGGUGCAUAUUUCGCAUGGAAAGCCACAGCCAUGGGGAAGAACUAUGUUAAUGGAAAAACAUUCCUUGAAAAAAGGUAUAACAAUGACUUGGAAUUAGAAGACGCCAUCCACACAGCCAUCCUGACAUUAAAGGAGAGUUUUGAGGGUCAGAUGACAGAGGAGAACAUUGAGGUGGGCAUCUGCAACGAGGCUGGCUUCAAAAGACUCACCCCAGCAGAGGUGAAAGACUACCUGGCAGCCAUUGCUUGAACACAUCCCCCUCGGUCACAUUCAAGACAAAAGCCAGCACAGUAGCCAAUUGUCUCAUGAUGCUUUUUUUUUUUUUUGUAAAUCCAUUAUAAAGAUAAUAUGGCCCCAUUGUCUUAUGAUGAGACAGCUUCUGUUCUCCAAACACCGGAGAAAAAAAACUGCUGUAACUUCUUCAUAUUCAUAGUUGUUAUUAUUAUGCAUUCUUAUCUUGUAUGACAGAAUUAAAUGGCCUGUUGACCAUCACAACAGGCCGGCUGACCAGACCCAUUAAAGUAAUGAGGCAGCCGUUGUGCAUUGACUAAAAUCUGCCAGUGGCAAAUAACAGAUCUUUAACCAGUUGGUAUUGUUGUUGAACACACCCUGGUGAUGUGAAAUGUGACAGUUGGCUACUGUGCAAAUGAAAAGGAAUGUGGACUCUGAUGAGUAAAAUCUCAAGUCUUCCAUCAAAUCUGUUUUUGUUGCUCAUUAAUGUUUGAAAGGCACUUAAGAUCGAGCAUGGAUUUAUUCAAAAGUGGUAUUGCUAGACAUGGCUUGGGUUUUAAAUGUACCGUAAGUGAGACUUCUUGAGCCCAGGAGAAGCCUUAAUUUGCAUCCCUGAUUAAUUCUUCCUCAUCCACUCUGAAACCCACUAGGAAAGAGGAUAAACAAAAGAAGCACAUAGGGAGGAUCUAAUGGGAGAUUCUGAGAUUUUACUGUCAGGAUCUGAUUGCCUGUACAGCAGUUUUACAUGAUGUACUCUUUUUUUUCUUUUUAGCCUACAAACAGUUCCAAAGUUUGUAUUUUUUUUCUCUUCUGAUAUCUGUCACUUAUUCAAAUAAAAGCCGGUGAGUUUGUGAUGAC